AAACGGAAGAAGAAGACAGACGAAGAAGACAGAAAAAGAAGACGAAGAAGAAGAACUGGUCUACGUAAAAGUCUAGACAUAUUUUUAGAACUAUUUCUCUGCUACGAUGCCUUAUGCAAACCAGCCGACUGUAAAAAUCUCAGAACUAACAGAUGAAAAUGUCAAGUUUGUAAUUGAAAAUACCGAUUUGGCAGUUGCCAAUUCAAUCAGACGCGUUUUCAUGUCAGAAGUACCCACAGUAGCAAUUGACUGGAUUCAGAUUGAUGCCAACUCGUCAGUACUGCAUGAUGAAUUCAUCGCUCACAGAGUUGGCCUUAUUCCGCUUACCAGUGACGAUAUUGUAGAAAAAAUGCAGUACUCCAGGGAUUGCACCUGUGUUGAAUUCUGUCCAGAGUGCUCUGUUGAGCUGACAUUGGAUGUUCGCUGCACUGAUGAAAAGACGCGCAACGUCACCUCACGUGACCUGUUGUCCAACAACCACAGAGUUAUUCCAGUUACAUCUAGGAGUCGAGACAACGAUCCUAAUGACUACGCUGAGCGAAAUGAAAUUUUGCUGGUGAAGCUUCGGAAAGGACAGGAACUGCGACUCAAAGCUUAUGCCAAAAAAGGAUUUGGUAAGGAACAUGCCAAGUGGAACCCAACAGCAGGAGUCGCGUUUGAAUAUGACCCUGACAAUGCACUGAGGCACACUGUCUACCCCAGACCCGAGGAAUGGCCCAAGAGUGAAUAUUCUGAAAUUGAGGAAGAUGAGGUCCAAGCUCCCUAUGACCCCAAUGGAAAACCAGAAAGGUUCUACUACAACGUGGAGUCUUGCGGCUCCCUCCGACCUGAGACCAUUGUCAUGUCCGCACUGGCUGUUCUCAAGAAAAAGCUGAGCGACCUGCAGACACAACUCAACCAUGAAAUCCAGAGUGAUGUGCUCACUAUCAACUGAUGUCACAAUGAUGAAUAGCAUCGUUCCCUCGGAAGGUUUUCUUUCUAAUCUUUAGGAUCGUCAGACAGCGCAGAACAAACACAUCCUGUACUUGUGGUUGCUUCUUUGGUUACUGAUCAUGGACUUUCACAUCUCUUAAGAGUAGUCUUUACUUCACUUACUGUUCUAAAAUGUCAGUGACCCAACAUCUUGUUAGAUGGAAGAUUUAUUAAAUUUGUCAAACGUAGGAAUUCUUUUAUUAUACAUAGUAUGGAUGCAAUAAAGACUGGUUAUCUUGUA